UCAACGGUGUUUUGUACUAUAUAUCUACUGAUAUGUCUACAGAGACUACUGUGUUAGUUUGCUUUGACGUUAGGUCUGAGAAGUUCAGCUUUGUUAAAGUUAAGACGUUUGUCAUUGAGGGAACUAUGAUAAACUACAAUGGUAAAUUAGGUUUCCUUCGUGCUGGAAAAUCUACCUGCGCUUAUAGAAGUAGUAGAAUUGUUAACCUGUUGGUACUAGAAGAUAUCGACAAGCAGGGAUGGUCUGAGCGUACGUUUGUAUUGCCCGCUUUGUGGGAGGAUAUUGUUGGGAGUGCAAUGUUAGGCUUUGUUGGAAUGACGCGGACAAAUGAGAUUGUUAUGAGGCAGGUGAGUAUUGAACCAAUACCUUUGUGCCUAUUCUACUUCAAUACCGAGAGGAAUACUGUCGUUAGAGUUGCAGUCGAAGGAAUGGAUGUGUCUGAGUAUGAUAGUGUUCACAUCUUUCUAGACCAUGUAGAAAAUGUGGAGCUUAUGUAAGUGUUCAGGUACUUCAUAACCUGAGGCUUGUUUGUCUAGUUUGUGUAUGCGUUCUACGUUAAGUUUGUUGCUUUUUACUCUCUUCUCUUUAGAAGAAAAGCUACUUUGUGAAAUAGAUCAGUAUGAUGAUGCUUUGACCAACUUGUGUUCCUGCCUUUGUCUUUUUUCUUUGAA